GCGGGUCAGCCGGAGCAGCGCGCGGCCUCGUUCUGGAAUAUCCGCGGCACCUGAGACCGGGAGCCAUGGAGAAGAUACCCGGCCUGGGACUCGGGACCUGGAAGGCCGCUCCAGGAGAAGUGAUGGAGGCAGUGAAAGUGGCAAUAAAUGCUGGAUAUCGGCACUUUGACUGUGCCUACUUUUACCACAAUGAGGGUGAGGUUGGAGAAGGGAUUCAAUGUAAGAUCAAGGAGGGCCUGGUGAAACGGGAGGACCUGUUUGUUGCCAGUAAGCUCUGGUGUACCUGCCACAAGAAGUCCUUGGUGAAAACAGCAUGCACCAAGAGUCUAAAGGCCUUAAAAUUGGAUUACCUGGACCUCUACCUCAUCCACUGGCCCAUGGGUUUCAAGCCUGGGGAUAAAGACUUGCCUUUGGAUUACAAUGGCAUGAUCGUGCCCAGUGACACGGACUACCUAGACACAUGGGAGGGCAUGGAGGACCUGGUGACCGCUGGGCUGGUAAAAGCUAUUGGGGUUUCAAACUUCAACUAUGAGCAACUUGAGAGACUUUUGAACAAGCCUAACUUGAGAUUCAUGCCAAUAACUAACCAGGUUGAGUGCCACCCAUAUCUCACUCAGAAGAAUCUUCUUAGUUUUUGUCAGCCCAGAAAUGUUUCCAUAACUGCUUACAGUCCUCUCGGUGGUUCGAGUUCAGGGGUUGAUGUGAUGGAUGAUCCUGUGAUUAAGAGGAUUGCACAGAAGUACAAUAAGUCGUCAGCUCAGGUUUUAAUUCGAUUCCAGAUCCAGAGAAAUGUGAUAGUGAUUCCCAAGUCUGUCACUGUGAAGCAUAUUCAAGAGAAUAUCCAGGUGUUUGAUUUUGAGUUAAGAGGACGUGAUAUGGAUGACAUCCUCAACCUAGACAGGAAUUUCCGAAUGGCCAGAUUCCCCAUAGCUACAAAUCACAAAGACUAUCCCUUCCAUGUCCCAUUCUGAGAAUGCCUCGCGUAUUCUUCAUUUCCUUCUCAGCCCACACAAACUGAUGUUGACCCUUCUGAAAACAUUCUUUUCCAUUCUACCUGUGCAAGGGGCUCUGGGCUUAGAGUGACAGAGGCAGCUUUGGCUAGCAAUGGGAGGAACAGAGAUUGAUUUGGAUUUUUCUCUGAGAAAUGGGAAGAAUUCCACGUGUCUAAGUGAUGGAAAGCAGGUCCAAGAAGGAAGAGUGGUGAGAGCAGGGACUGCUCUGUGUUACAGUGCCCAACUCUGCUUGCGUGUGAGUGUGUGGGUGACUUUCUAAAACUAAUAAAGGGUGUUUAUGUCAGUUCCUUUAGUUCUUUGGAUUUAGUAUUCCCAAAUAAAGUUUCCUCUUUCCAUUGGAGAAUCCAUAUUGUUCUUAAAACAUGUAUUGAGGACAGAUGAGUAGAAUAAUGGGGACAAAAUGUAAAUGAAUAA